UAACGUUGUGCAUGAAUGCACAAAGUGCAGAUCACAACACCCUUUGACUUCUCUUUUGACCAGAAGCAUGCUGACAAGACUUCAGAGUCAAGGUUACUAUACAGAGGACCCCCGCAUCAGCACCACCCGCGUGUCCCCCUCCUGGAUUCAGACCGGGGAUGCUCGCUCAUCUUUGAAGGAGCGUCACAACAGCACACAGAAGAUCCUUUUAAUCCAGAGCUGAUUCGCCGCAAAAGCAUGGGGACAGCGGAGGCCACGCUACGUAUGGACAGCAUGGAGGUGAAGGACGAGUGGCAGGACGAAGACUUCCCCAGGCCUCUACCAGAAGAUGGAGACGGCCUCACCGACGCCAGAAGCAACCCCCCCAGCAGUCUGAACGUGGGACAGUCCAGGGACCAGUCCAAGCGGCGCACGCUGAUCGCCCCCGACAUGAACCUGUCGCUGGAGCAGAGCGAGGGCUCGGUGCUCUCCGACGACCUGGACAUCAACGUGGACGACAUGGAGACGCCCGACGACACCGACUCGCUGGGGUCCGCCAAUAACGGCAACGAGCUGGAGUGGGAAGACGAUACUCCCGUGGCCACCGCCAGGUGUCUUCCGGGUGAAGAAGGUGAGGAAGAGCGAGACUCGUCGGGCCGUCUGUGGCGAACAGUGAUCAUCGGCGACCAGGAACAACGCAUCGACAUGCAGGUCAUCAGACCCUACCUGAGGGUGGUCACACACGGAGGUUAUUACGGAGAAGGUCUGAACGCCAUCAUUGUGUUCGCGGCCUGCUACCUUCCCGACAGCAGCUGUGACGACUACGCGUACAUCAUGGAGAACCUCUUCCUGUACGUGGUGAGCAGCCUGGAGCUCCUGGUGGCCGACGACUACAUGAUCGUGUAUCUGAACGGAGCCACGCCUCGCAGGAAGAUGCCCGGCAUUGGCUGGCUGAGGAGAUGCUACCAGAUGAUCGACAGGAAAUUGAGGAAGAACCUGAAAUGUCUCAUCAUCGCUCACCCGACCUGGUUCAUCAGGACCGUCCUGGCCAUCUCGCGCCCUUUCAUCAGCGUGAAGUUUUUGGAUAAGAUUCGAUACGUGCACACACUGGAGGAGCUCAACCAGCUCAUCCCCAUGGAACAUGUCCAGGUGCCGGACUGUGUGUUGCAGUACGACGAUGAAAAGAUCAAAGCCAGAAUGGACCAAGAGCAGCAACACGCCAAGGCAUCGACGCUGCUGCCUAAAGAAAGGCCAAAGUCGACCGUCGCCGAGAUCGGCCGUGACAUCUGACACGAAGAUCUUUGACUGGUCAAGACUGGAUCUGUCCCAUGCAGGACAAUCAUUUGUCAUUCAGAUCCAACAGAUGUGUCAAUCUAUUUUUGAGAAAGGUGUCUUGUGCUUCGUUAUUAUCGUUCUGAUGAUUGGCAUGAUGAUGAUGUUGUUGAUGGACCUCCUGGUAACGAUGCAACGGUGGCAUGCUUGUUGAUACCUCUUUGUUGCUGUUAUCCUCUCGUUUUCGAAGUUGUUUGCCAGAUGGAAAUCAUCAGCUGCUACAAAUAUUAAUGUGUAAAUAUUCGCUGUUUGUAAAAGAAUAAUAAACAUGUUUGUCACGCUA